ACCUAUCAUUAUCGACAGAUUACUUUUGCCGCUUCCAGAGUUCAAAACAAACAAAAAUGCUAUUUUAUUCUUUCUUUAAAUCGCUUGUCGGCAAAGAUGUAGUGGUUGAACUUAAGAAUGAUCUCAGUAUAUGCGGUACUUUGCAUUCUGUUGAUCAGUAUUUAAAUAUUAAAUUGUCCGAUAUUAGUGUCAUCGACCCAGACAAGUAUCCACACAUGUUAUCAGUGAAAAACUGUUUUAUUCGUGGUUCCGUGGUCCGUUAUGUUCAACUGCCUGCUGAUGAAGUGGAUACUCAACUUCUUCAAGAUGCGGCAAGGAAGGAAGCCACGGUUUCUACUAGAUAGACCUAACCUCACAAUCCCGAUUUCGUAAACAAGUGUCUUUCUUGGCAGUAUAAGACUAUGUACAUAUAUUUAAAUGUAAGUCUCACUAAUAAAGGGUUUUUUAAUAAAUUA